CGUAACGCGCGAAUUAUUUUUUAAAACUUUUAAAAAUUAAAAUCUUAAAAUCAAACCAAUUUAACUAAUGGUGAUUUGUGUAAUAACUAUAUAAAUAAGUAUAUAAUAAUAACAAUUGCAAUGACCAACAUUUCGCCGUCUCCUGUAAAACUUUAUAUUCAGGAUGUCUUCAGAGCAAAACAAAGUGAGGAAAACCGAUACCUAUACGAAAUGUUCGGUUUAAAGUUUAAAAACAUAAUGAUACACGGUGUAGUGACUUCAGUGUACAACACAAGUGCUAAAAUGACAAACUUUGAGUUAAGUGACCCUACAGGUUCGAUACAGAUCUACUGCGCUGCGAAAAAUAAUAACUUUAAUAUUAAUGAGAACACUUUAAAAGACCUAGUGAAGUCCUUCGCGCGCAAAUCACAAUCACAAUCUAGUCACGAUCACGAUAAAUUACCCACGAUGUCGUCCAUGUUACAUUGCAUUGAAAAAAACAGUAAAAAUUGUGUUAAUUUUGAAAAUGGAUCACACGUUUCUGUUGUAGGCGAUAUUUUCGUAGAAGACUUAAGUAAUUCAAGGAUGAUAUGUGCAUAUGUCUGUAGAAUUACAUCAGUGGAAAGGGAUUUAGUGUGGUUGGAAGAACUCAGAUAUUUGUAUGAAAAUUAUUAUUUAAAGAGAAGACCUCAAUAAUGUAUCUAUAAAUACCUGAGGACCGUUUUGUCUCUCUCAUUUUCUUGUAUGUAUUAAAAAUAUAGAACUGUGAUAGUCCAGUGGAUAUGACUCCUGGAUUCGAAUCUGGUCCGAGGCAUGCACCUCCAACUUUUCAGUUGUGUGCAUUUUAAGAAAUUAAAUAUCAGGUGAAGGAAAAACAUUGUGAGGAAACCUGCAUACCAGAGCAUUUUCUUAAUUCUUUGUGUGUGUGAAGUGUCUGCUUAUCUGCAUUGGGCUAGUGUGGUGGAUUAUUGGCCUUACCCCUCUCAUUCUGAGAGGAGACUCGUGCAUAACAGUGAGCCAAAUAUGGGUUCGUAACGAUGAUGAUACUGUCUAUUGAUAUUAAAUAUUACUAAGUUUAUUUAAUUUUAUCUAGAUCCAACAAGAAGUUUUCUUAAAUUGAACUCUUUAAUUACUAAAUAAACAUUAUUAAGUUGUUAUUAAAUUUGUGAAUAUAAUAUUUUAUGUGUAAAUACUUGAUGAAUGUUUUUGUCUGUAUGAACAUUGUAUUAAAAUAAAUUAAAAGUCUUUACAUUCAGUUUAUUGCAUUUAUUUUCCUUAAAAUAUUUUAACUAAAAAAUUUUAUUGUAUCAGCUUUAUCGGUGGUUUAAGCUUCAUACCCUUAGCUUAUCCCUUCAUUCAUAGCUUCAUAAGAUACUUGUCUCGUCUCUCUCUUCUAUAUGAAGAAAAGUUGGAUCUGGCUUGGCCUUUAGAUUGGUUGAAAGUCAUAGAGAAGUAUAAUAUUAUUGGUACCUAGUGAUGAUGAAGAAGAAGAAAGAAGAAAUAUACUUUAUUGUACAUUAAAAACAAAAAUAAACAAUUACUUAUUAUAACACUUAGAAACUAAUGUACAAAUGGCGGCCUUAUCGCUAAAGAGCGAUCUCUUCCAGACAACCACAGAUGAUGGUAUAGAGAAGAUAUUUAUUUCCCUUUGACUCAUUGCUUACAGUUAUCAUGGCAUGUUGAAUCAUGGCAAAUGAAAAAUUAAAGUUAAGGCCCAAGUUGGAGUAGGCCUGCCUACAUCUAUGUACAUAAUCCACUGACAUCAAAUUCUGUAAAUUGUCUAAUUAUACAGGGUGUGGCGUAAAUAAUGGAUAACCCUGUACCUGCCGAAGAGACUCCUAAUGGGCUAUAGGAAUAUAGAUUUUUUUUUAUUUAUUUAAGUUUCGUUUUAAGAAAAAUGGCUUAAUUCAUGUUUUUCAAAAAAUGGGUACUUUCAUUUAUUCAUUUUGCUACAGUUACCACAAAUUUUAGAUUUUUUGCAUUCUGGUUUUUUUAUAAUACAGCUAAAGAAUUGUGCUAUUGGUUGGUAUAAGGAAUUCCCAGUUUGUUACUCUAGUUUUGGAAAAAAAUAACAUGAAAGUUCAAAAAGCCUUAUUAAUUAUCCAAUUUCUUAACUUUGUGCAACAUCUGGUGUAAAAAAUCUCUAUGAGAGAUGACUUGCCCAUUAUCUUAAAAACAUGCUUGUUUAAUGCAGAUUCCGAAAUGGUAUAAUACCUACUAAAUAUCAUGUUAUUUACGAAAAAAAAUGGCAAUAGCCAAGAACAUGUCCUUGAUUUUUUAACUACAUUAUUAAAUUAUCACAAACAUGUCUUUGUUAACGUAAUAUGGGUCGACCCUUUAUUGUGUGACCGGGGGCAGGUAGUCAAUAUGGAUAGAGCAAGCAGAUAACGACCUUAUUUCGACUACCUGUGGUUGUUUGUCACUGGAAAAAACGCCAUGGUUAAUCUCUUCAAAGGACAGAGACAAAGCAUUUUCAUGUUAGGUAAACAGUAGUUGUGCGAUAGAGAGAUGUUUAUUGUUCUUAUUACAAACGACAAAAACAGGUUUAGAACUCAGAACUUGUGUUAUACAGUUGCAGUUAGUGCUCAUUUGACUAUCGUUGCAUGCGCAUAACUCGGUUGUAUUUUCACGUGAUUGGAUUUUUUUAAAAGUGAAUUUGGCUUACGUACUACGGACUCUGUUUUUGCUAUACGAAUUGGACAUUUGUGAUAUUAUCGAAGACUUCUGCAUAACCCUGGACUACUGGUCAUGCCGCGUCAUACAUACACACCCCAAGAGUACGCAAACAUGCAUCUCAUUUACGGGAUGUGUAAUUGUAAUGCAAAUGCAGCUGCACGAGAAUAUCGUCGAAGAUACCCUAAUCAGCGACAUCCCGAUUAUCGCGUGUUUACACGAGUGCACGUCGCUUUUAGCGAAGGACGGAUGCCUGGUACCGGUGUUGGUGGAGCUUCGGAAGGUAGACCUCGACGACAUGGUGAUGACGAAGUUUUAAACGCUGUAAGAGCAAACCCUGAAUUAUCAAUUCGCGAAAUAAGUAGCGAAACUCAUGUGGAUACGCGCACUGUGGGCAGAAUCCUGCACAGGCAUAAGCUUCAUCCAUUCCAUUUUCAGAGAGUGCAGACUCUUAUGACAAGGGAUUAUGCGCCGAGAGUGCAUUUCUGCCGAAUAAUGUUACGAAAAAUAAGAGAAGAUACAGAUUUCUUUAACAUAAUAUUGUGGAGCGAUGAAUCAAGUUGUAGACGAAAUGGCUACCUCAAUUUGCACAACCUCCAUAGUUGGCAGGCAGUGAACCCCAGACAAUGUAGACAAGAUCGUGCUCAAGUCCAAUUUAAAGUAAAUCUUUGGACGGGAAUUUUAAACGGUCAAAUAGUUGGGCCCAUUGAACUACCGGAGACACUAACGGGUCCCAUUUAUUUAAAUUUUCUGCAAAAUAUUUUACCACAACAAUUAAGAAGUUUAAAUGUGCCAGAUAACCACUGAUUACAAAAUGAUGGUUGCCCUGCUCACUACGCACGCAUUGUCCGGGAUCACCUGAAUGAUGAAUACAAUGAGAGAUGGAUUGGUCGUUUAGGACCCAUUUUGUGGCCGCCAAGAUCUCCUGAUCUGAAUCCUCUCGACUUUUUUUACUGGGGAUGUUUAAAAGAAAAGGUCUACAAGACGGAGAUAACAUCCCUGGAACAAUUAAAGGUCCGGAUUUUUCAAGCUGCUGACGAAAUAAAGAGAUCUGGCUUUGUACGACGCCUGAAAAGGUCAUUCAUCCGUCGUUGCAGGGCCUGCAUUGCCGCAAAUGGCGGCCAUUUUGAACAUUUAGUUUAAAAUGUAAACUUUUGUGUUUUAGCUUUUUCAAUAAAAAAAAAUCGUUUUAUGUU